GUGCUGUGAAACACAGAUCCUUUCAUGUGAAUGAGUUUUGUGUGUCAGUCACGUCUUCCUUAUACUGAUGAUAAAAACUCGAUAAAAUUGAGUAUCUGAGGAAGUACAGUAGCUUUGAUCUUUCAUGGAGUGUAAUGCAGAAUUAUAUGUUAAUUUUUUCAUUGUUCACCUCAAACCCCAAAAUGUUGUGAGGUCAUUGGUUGUGAGAUUUUGGAGAACUCAAAUUGUGUUAAUAAGAAGUGCCAUCAAACACCUAAACUUUCUAAUAUGUUUCUUAUGUACAGUAGUGGACAAAAGCGUCUGCUAAAUGCAUAAAUGUAGUAGUGUGCAAAAGUCUCAUUCCCUUCACCAAAAACACAUUUGUAGCAUCAAUGUUUGUCAGAUGCAGUGUAGUUUUGGGUUAGGCAGUAUGAUAGGAGAAAUGAAAGGACUCUCAGGUGACCUGUAGGAAUGCCAUUAAUCCGGCAGAACUGCAUUCCACCUGAGCAGAACAGAGAGAGGAACACACGGCAGAAUUCCCAUCAGAAACAUCCGGACGGCAUGAGAGCGACUGCUCGCACCGUCAGACAGAUGCCAUCAUGCACAGGAAAGCACAAUAUCCGAGGAUAGCCAGCAUGAGUUUGCCCGGGGGCGCGUCCCCCUCAUCUCCGGAGCGCCCCGUGUCCCGUGACCUCAUGGAAGACUACUGGAGCGAGAUGAAGAACAUAGAGGACGACGGUCCAGGAGUUCACGAGGAGAUGAUGGACAUGGAUGAGGCGGAGCUUGAGGAGGAGUGGCUGCAGGAGGCGGGGCUCUCCACGCUGUUGUCUGGGACUCAAAGCGACGGCCAUACAGAAGCUCUGCUCUCGACGCUCACGCACUCACAGGCCAACAUGGUGAAGAAACGUCUGGAUAAUUACACGCAGACGCUGCGCAAGAAAAACAGACAACCCACGAGACACGUGAGAGAUGUGUUCUCCACACCGGAUACAUCGUCUGGUGACCUGACACCUUCAGUUUCUCCAAAUGGACAGAUCGCUCCUAAACUACCACUGUGGAAUCCACCAAAAGCUCCUCAGUUGUGUUCAGUCUUUGCUCCAGCUGAAAGUCACAGCUCGAGUGUUUCUUCAGAGAUGAUCUCAUUAUCGUUUGAUGUGCCGUACUCGGAGUCGGCUCGAGGUCAUCGGAAGGGCCGCGAGUGUCAGGACUGCAGGAGAUUUCGGAAAGAUGAUUUACCAACUUUUCAGAUCAUAAAGCCCAGGCAGGGUUUAACCCGAGUGAGUGAUCUGUCAUCGGAGGACAUCAAGAAGAUCGGUUACAUCUCUCUGAUCGAGCUCAGCACUUUCUAUGACAUCCUGGGCAUCGAGCUGAAGAGGAAUCGUGUAUGGCGGAGUAAAGCACGAGAAAGCGGAAUAUUCGGCGUUCCUCUUGAUACGCUGCUGGAGAACGACCAAAAGAAAUAUCCUGGCUCCAGGGUCCCUCUUGUUUUUAAGAAGCUGCUGUUUAAACUGGAGCAGACAGGAUUACAGACAGAAGGAAUUCUGAGGAUUCCCGGAUCGGCCUCCAGAGUCAAGUACUUACGUCAGGAGUUGGAGUUAAAGUUUUACGAGGAUCGUUUUAAUUGGGAUGAAGUUCGUCAGAAUGACGCUGCUGGUUUAUUAAAGAUGUUCAUCCGUGAGCUGCCGUAUCCUCUCCUAACACAACAACAUCUGCCGGCAUUCACUGCUGCUCAAAACAUCUCAUCACCUAAACAUCAGCUUCAGGCUCUUCAUCUCCUCAUCAUGCUGCUUCCUGAACCCAACAGAGACACACUGAAGGCUCUUCUGGAGUUCCUCAGAAAAGUUGUGGCGUAUGAAGAUAAGAAUCGGAUGAGUCUGUGGAACGUUUCUAUGAUUGUAGCACCAAAUCUCAUUAUCUUUCAUGGUAAGAACGCCAAACAGGAGGAGAUGCAGACCGCCGUGGGCUCGGCUCAUCUCGUACGACUGCUCAUCCAACAUCAGGAUCUGCUGUGGACGGUUCCAUGUUUCCUGAUCUCUCAUGUCAGAAAGAUGAACGAAGCCGCCACAGGCAAGAAAACACCAACCUCAGAGAAGACCAAGCGUAGAUUAUUGAGACGGUGGAACACAGAGAAGGACAGAAACAGAAGUGAGGUCACAGAUCUUCAUGACGGGGUCAUCAGAGUUCACGCACCUCUUCACGCAAAGGUUUCAAUGGCGAUACAGCUGAACGGUGAGAUGAAGGCGAGAGAUAUAAUGGCACGGUUCGACGUGGAGAACUCACGAGGAUCACGCAGCACCGGUCGACGACAGAAGCAGUUUCUAUUUGAGGUCGGAGGAAAUAUCAGAGAACGAUGUCUGGAUCCAGAAGCUUAUUUACUUGAUGUUUACCACGCUAACCCUCAUUGUGAAUGGAUUUUAAAAUCACGGCAGACCUGAGAUGACACAGCACAACCUCUGAACUGGAGUGUUAUUCAUGAAGAAGAGGAGAUCUGCUGAUGAAAAACUGCUGAAGGUCUCACGUGAUCUCUAUGAAAUGGUAUUAUAGUUUCCUGAAGCGAACGCUGGCGCAGAUCAAUGCUGGUCGUUGAGUUUGUGUCAAAACUGUGUGAACUGAAACCUCAAGCGUGUGAAAGCAUGAUUCACUUUAUACCAUACAGAUACUGUACAGUAGAGCAUGUAUAUAAACAUAUUUAUACCACUAAUUUAUCUGACUGCAUCAUGACAGUUUUGUAUCGUUUCUAUACGCUGCAUGUUUCUAAUGAAGCCAUGUGAACUUCGGGUGAAUCUCAUGAAGACCUGCGUGAAAGCCCAUAAACUUCUGUUUACAAAACAACCUCAGAAUGUAAAAAAACAAAUCGGCAGUAUUUAAAUACUCACACUAAUGAGAAUAAAACACAAACAGUGAUUUACUUUAUGCAGGUAUUGUUAUCAUGAGAUUCACCCACACUUUACCUCUCAUUAAUUCAGGCCAAUAUUAUUGCCAACAUUAUUAAAUACUCACUGCAUUUAUGCACAUCUGAAGCUUUUAAGAAUCCACUGACAUUAAAGAUGAACAUCAUGAACACAGUGAAGAGAAGAUAAAUCUGCGUUCAUCACCUGAAACUUCAUAGCACAUCAUCAUCAUCAUGGAUCUUCAUCACGUCUAAAGUUUACACUCUGAUGAUGGACUUUUAUUUGGAUUAUUUAUGAUGUCUUUAUUUUUUUAUUUUUUUAGUCACAUUGUUUUUGAUAUUGCCAAAAGAGUUUUUGUUGUGUUUAAUGUCAUGAUGAAUGUGUGAGAUGUAAUGGUCUUUAAUUGUAACCGUGAUGUUGAGCUUUAACCCUGACCGCUCAGUUAACCGGAUGUUAACAUUUUCUGCUCAUAGAUUUAAGAUGGACGUCAUAUUAAGAGUGAAACGCACUAAAACUACAUGAAGGCCAAACCCUGUGCACCACAGCUGGAUUCAUCAGAUGACAGAAUGAACCAGUGCUCUGGUGCUCAGGAUGUUUAAGAUUUCAUGACGACAUUUGACUUCAUUAAUGUUGUAAUAUUUGGUUGAGCCACAGGUUAUGAUUGUGAAACACUAAUGCAAUUAAAAUGAUCAAACUAUGA